AUGAAUUCUACGGACGAUUCGUAUUCAAUGACAUGUUCAUUACCAUCAUCACUCGAACAAACACCAAUAUCAUCCCUUUCGGCUGCAUCAAGUUAUUCAUCAUUGGUUAAUUGUGAUGAAACAAUGUCGAUUCAUCAUGAUCAACAACAACAUCAUAUUGAAAGAAAAAUCAAAAAGAACGAUAUACAAUCAGAUACAAAUAAUAAAAUGACCAAUGAAUAUAAUAAUAUAAAUAAACGAACACCAUAUUCAACAUUAAUUCAUCGUCAUAUUAAUAAAUUAUGUUCAAUACUUGAACAACCAGUUGAAAUUCAUGGUCAAGGAAAUUUUCCAACAUUAAAUAUUGUUUCAAAAGAUUUUUUAAUUGAAUUAAGACGAGCUUUUCUCUUAAAUCAUAUUGAUAUUAAAGAUAUACGUCUUAAUGGAGGUGCCGCUUCUUAUGUAUUAACAAAUGAUAAAUCAUUCUCUUAUACAGAUAUUGAUUUUAUAUUUCGUUGUGAUUUAUCAUCUGAAUCGACAUGGACACAAAUAAAAACAAUUGUAUGUGAAUGUUUAUCUCAACAAAUUCCAUCAUCAUCUUUUCAAUCAUCAUUUUCACCAAUUAUAAUUCAAGCAGCCUAUGUUGAAAAAAUAGUACGUGUUAUUAAUCCAUCAAAUAAUGAUUCGUGGGCAUUAAUAUCUUUAUAUAAUAUUAAUGGUCAAAAUAUUGAAUUAAAAUUUGUUGAUCGUAUGAAAAGACAAUUUCAAUUUAGUGUUGAUUCAUUUCAAAUUUUAAUUGAUCCAUUACUUGAUUAUUAUGAAAAAAUUUUGAAAUAUCAACAAAAAGCUAAUAAAAAACAACAAUAUCAUAAUCAUGACUAUCGUUCAUCAAAAAAUAAUCGUUAUUUAUAUCGAUAUCCAAUCAUAUCAGUUGAAUGUUUAUAUGGAAGUUUUGAUGCUGCUUUAAUACAUCUUAAUCGUCGUCAAAUAGUUACAACAUCACCUGAAGGUAUACAUGGUGGUGGUUUACUUAAAUAUUGUCUUUUAUUAACACGUGGUUAUCGUCCAUAUGAUAAUGGUAUAUCAUCUUGGCAACUUGAAAAAUUAAUGUGUUCAAGGUUUUUUAUUGAUUUUGCUGAUAUAAAUGAACAAGAAUAUAAAUUAUUAUCAUAUUUAUCAUCACAUUUUUCUAAUGAUGAUUCAGCUAAAUAUCGUUAUUUAUUACAAUUAAGUACAAUUAUUGAACGUAGUACAGUUUGUUUAAUGGCACAUGAACGUAAUUUAACAUUAACAUUAAUAUCACAAUUAGCCAUUGAAUAUUAUUAUCGUUUAUGUGAUGAAUAUAAUACAUAUAAUAUAACAACAGCUGAAGUAACUGUACCAAAUUCUAUAACAAUUGAUGUUAUUUAUCAUAAUGAAUUAGAUGAAUGGAAAUCUUUAUAUACUCCAUCAAAACAACAAUCACAAUUACAACAGGAAGAAAAUUAA